AUGGCUACCCCUAGUGUCCUCGCUUUUGAUGCUGAGGGUCGAGUCAUUGACUUUGACGUCUGGGUAGGUGACCUGCAGCUGUUUUUACAGUGUGAUAGGGCAGACGGUCUCUCACUCUUUGACCUCACCUCUGGCGCCUCUCCUUCCCCUGCUGCUGAUGCCGACGCCACUGUUCGCUCCCAGUGGGCCAUGCGCGACGCUGCUGCACGUCUUGCUGUGAGUCGCCACCUCCCUACCUCCGAGCGUGCGCACUUUAGUCAGUACAAGAGUGCUCAGACCUUGGGUGCUCCCCCUCUCCUCUCUUGCCCUCUGUUGCCUCUGCUGCUGCGGCCGAUCUCGUUGGUCUUGAGUCGGUCGAUGCGGCGUCUGCCCCUAGCGGGAGACGCCGCUCUGGCAAGGGCCAGGGGGGCAGGGGCAGUGGAGGGGCGAGCGGGGGCGGUGGAGGUGGAGGUGGAGGCGGCGGGGGGAGUGGGGGUGGUGGUGGGAGUGGUGGUGGGGAUGGAGGUGUCGGUGGCGGCAGUGGAGGCGGCGGCGGCGGUGGCGGUGGGAGCGAAGGUGGUGGAGGUGGCGGCGGUGGAGGAGGCGGCGGAGGCGGCGGUAGAAGCGGAGGCGGCGGAGGCGGCGGGGGUGGCAGUGGAGCUGGUCGUGGAUCUACACAGAGGAGUGGCUCCGGUGGUGGUCCGCGCCAGCAGCAGCAGCGCGGUCGUGAGACCCUGUCCCCUCAGCAGCUCUUGUGGGGGUGCGCACUCCACCCAGCGCUGCUUUGGCCGCCUGACGGACACGUGGCGUCACCAGUUCCCAGAGGCCGCAAAGAUCCCUCGCUGGGGCGAGCUGUCUAGGGCGGGUGUUGCCAUCUAUGAUCUUGAUUUUGAUGCUAUUCUUUCUGCCAUGUAUGCUAUGUCUAUUAGUGAUGAGGGUGAUUGUUACCGGUGUUUCCCGCCCGAUCCGGGCAUUGAGACUGCUGCUCUAGGUACUGGUGAGGCGGCUGCCCUAGGUGCUUGCGACGCUGCUGCUCUAGGUGCUAGUGCGUCUGCGUCCUCAGGUACUGGUGAGGCUGCUGCUCUAGGUGCGAGUGCGUUCGCGCCCACAGGUACUGGUAAGUCUGCGCUCUCAGGUACUACUCCUCCCGUGUCCGGCGGCUCCCUCUGGCACCCUCUCUGA